AUGAUCGGGAGUAUGACGCCGCAGCACGUGACCGGCAGGGGCGAGCAAGGGCUCAUGGGUAGUGUAUGCCGGUCACUGCUGAAAUUGCUGAGUGGCACAGUGUUUGUGGGUGGUAAAAAGUGCUGAAAACAAAAAAAUGCCAAAAACAAAUGCACAAAUUACAGGCAAGAAUUAACAAAAUAUUUUGCAUGUUUGUCAAAUUAACACAGAAUAAAAAUAUUACAUAUAUAUGGUUAGUAUCUUAUACACAAUGUUUUCUAUUAUAUAAUUCCUGAAGGAGAACGGCAUAUUUAUAAUGCUUUUACAAGCCGUUUACUAUUUUCUGGCAGUGACCGGCAGAAACUAAACUAAAUCACCCAAGAGCCUCUGCUCCUUUCUGCCGGUCACGUGCCACAGCAUUUUUCGCCGCCCACAAACACUGUGCCGCUCAGCAAUUUCAGCAGUGACCGGCAUACACUACCCAUGAGCCCUCGCUCGCCCCUGCCGGUCACGUGCUGCGGCGUCAUACACCCGAUCAUGUGACAUCUUUCAACAUAAAUUAUUAUAAAAACGAAAGCUCAUUUUAAUGGAAAAACCAUUUUGUGUAUAAGAUACUAACCAUAUAUAUAUAAUAUUUUUAUUCUGUGUUAAUUUGACAAACAUGCAAAAUAUUUUGUUAAUUCUUGCCUGUAAUUGGUGCAUUUGUUUUUGGUGCCAAUUUCAAUUACUGUAUAUUUGUUAUAUAAACUGUUUCAUGCCAGGUUAUUGCUCUUAGCCAUUUUUGAUAAAGCCCAUGAGGUGAAACGCGUCAAAUGGUUUUUUACUGUGUAAUUCAACAAUAAAAACUUUUAUUUGGUACCCUUAUUUAUAGGACCAAUUUAGUUUUAUUGUAUAUACACAUUUUUAAAUUUUUUCCUGGCAUCUAACUGUUCCUGCUUAAAGCAAUCCACAGGUGGGGAUUAUUCCACCGGCGCAUUAUAAAUAGAGCAGUAUUCUCUGCUCUAUUAAUGUGAGUAUAUUUUAUUUCAUUUUAUUCUGUUUUCCCUUCCUACUGAGAGCACUAUAUUUGUUUUUAUAUAACCUGCAAAAUCCCACGAAAUCCAAGCCGGACGGAAGGACCUACUACUACAGCAUAUCCUUUAGCGGGGAUUAUACCGCUAAGUGCCUUUCAACUAAGAGCUGGUCCAAAGCUCCAACAAAUGUGAGCGUAUUAUCCUCCAUUUUAUUUAUUUUCGCUAAUCCUCUCAGUACAUACUAUACCAUUGGAAGUUUGUUGUGCUCUUAUCUUUCAUAUACGGACUCCCUGGAAACUCGGAAGGAUAUAUCUUUGAGGACUGUAUAUACAGCUUAUCUACAUAUCAGUGAGACAUCUUUUAUGCAUCUUAUUGGACUUUUUAAGUUUUACUCUUAUUAGGACUUUGUUUUAUCUUUUUUAUAUUAUCUUUUUUAUUGAAUUUUCUAUUGUAAUAUUUUAUUGUAUUAUUUUAUUAUCCACUCUUUUUUAUAUUUUAUUUAUCUCCAAUUUAGCGCAGCCCUUCACCCCCUUCUUUUUAUAUAUUUUAUUAAGGGUUCUAGAGGGAUUCCCUUUUAGGGUUGCAGCUCUUAUCUUUGCUAUCUAGCGCAGACUCCUCUCCCCUUUCUUUCCCUAAAUGGAAAUGUCUAAAUUGGGCCCAAAGUGUCAAUAUUUUGUGUGGCCACCAUUAUUUUCCAGCACUGCCUUAAUCCUCAUGGGUAUGGAGUUCACCAGGGGUACACAGGUUGCCACUGGAGUCCUCUUCCGCUCCUCCAUGACAACAUCACGGAGCUGGUGGAUGUUAGAGACCUGGCGCUCCCCCACCUUCCAUUUGAGGAUGACCCACAGAUGCUCAAUAGGGUUUAGGUCUGGAGAAAUGCUUGGCCAGUCCAUCACCUUUACCUUCAGCUUCUUUAGCAAGGCAGUGGUCGUCUUGGAGGUGUGUUUGGGGUCGUUAUCAUGUUGGAAUACUGCUAUGUGGCCCAGUCUCCGAAGGGAGGGAAUCAUGCUCUGCUUUAGUAUGUCACAGUACAUGUUGGCAUUCAUGGUUCCCUCAAUGAACUGUAGCUCCCCAGUUCCAGCAGCACUCAUGCAGGCCCAGACCAUGACACUCCCACUACCAUGCUUGACUGUAGGCAAGAAACACUCUUCUUUGCACUCCUCACCUGGUUGCCGCUACACACCCUUGACACCAUCUGAACCAAAUAAGUUUAUCUUGGUCUCAUCGGACCACAGGACAUGGUUCCAGUAAUCCAACUCCUUAGUCUGCUUGUCUUCAGCAAACUGUAUGUGAGCUUUCUUGUGCAUCAUCUUUAGAAGAGGCUUCCUUCUGGGACUACAGCCAUGCAGACCAAUUUGAUGCAGUGUGCGGCAUAUGGUCUGAGCACUGACAGGCUGACUUCCUACACCUUCAACCUCUGCAACAAUGCUGGCAGCAUUCAUACGUCUAUUUCCCAAAGACAACCUCUGGAUAUGACGCUGAGCAUGUCCAAUCGACUUCUUUGGUCGACCAUGGCGAGGCCUAUUUUGAGUGGAACCUGUCUUUUAAAACUGCAGUGUGGUCUUGCAAUCUUUUUAUAGCCUAGGCCAUCUUUAUGUAGAGCAACAAUUCUUUUUUCUUCAGAUCCUCAGAGAGUUCUUUGCCAUGAGGUGCCAUGUUGAACUUCCAGUGACGAUUGUGAGAGCGAUAACACCAAAUUUAACACACCUUCUCCCCAAUCACACCUGAGAUUGGGGAGGGAAAAUGGCUAAUUGGGCCCAAUUUGGACAUUUCCACUUAGGGGUGUACUCACUUUUAUUGCCAAUGGUUUAGACAUUAAUGGCUGUGUGUUCAGUUAUUUUAAGGGGACAGCAAAUUUACACUAUUACAGAGGCUGUACACUUACUACUUUACAUUGUAGCAGAGUGUCAUUUCUUCAGUGUCAGUCACAUGAAAAGAUAAAAUAUUAACAAAAAUGUGAGGGCUGUACUCACUUUUGUGAGAUACUGUAUGUAUAUGUAAGUAUGUGUGUAUAUGUAUGUGUAUAUAUAUAUAUAUAUAUAUAUAUAUAUAUAUAUAUAUAGUGUUCAAGUAGAGAUUGCAGCCGUAUUAAUCUAGUGAUGUAGAUGUAAAAAAACAGAUACAAUUUGUAUCAUGUAAUACCUUUUUUAUUGGACUAACAUAAUUUUUUAAUGACAAACUUUCAGGAGAACUUCCCUUUCUCAAGUCCGAAGUAUUUCUGAGCAAGACGACACAUAGAAUUCAAAGUUGAGUUGUGAUACAGGGGUUAAAGCGACAUGAGUGCAGAUAAGACACAGGUUUGAUAGAAAAUAGACAGGAUAAAUUAUUUAUGUGUGUAUAUAUAUAUAUAUAUGUGUGUGUGUGUAUAUAUAUAUGUAUGUGUGUGUGUGUGUUUUUAUAUGUGUGUGUGUGUGUGUAUAUGUGUGUGUAUAUGUAUGUAUAUGUGCGUGUGUGUGUGUUUGUAUGUGUGAAUGUGUGUGUGUGUUUGUUUGUAUGUGUGUGUGUGUGUGUAUGUGUGUGUGUAUGUAUAUGUGUGUGUAUGUGUGUGUGUGUAUAUGUAUGUGUGUGUGUAUGUGUUUGUUUGUUUGUGCGUGUGUGUAUGUGUGUGUGUGUGUGUGUGUGUGUGUGUGCGUGUGUGUGUUUGUAUGUGUGUGUGUGUAUGUGUGUGUGUGCUGUGUGUGUAUGUGUGUGUGUGUAUGUAUAUGUGUGUGUAUGUGUGUGUGUGUAUAUGUAUGUAUGUGUGUAUGUGUUUGUAUGUGUGUGUAUGUGUUUGUUUGUAUGUGUGUGUAUAUGUGUGUGUUUGUUUGUAUGUGUGUGUAUACAUGUGUGUGUGUUUGUUUGUAUGUGUGUGUGUGUGUAUGUGUGUGUGUUUGUGUGUUUGUGUGUAUGUGUAUGUGUGUGUGUAUGUGUAUAUGUAUGUAUGUAUAUGUGUGUAUGUGUGUGUGUGUGUAUAUGUAUGUGUGUGUGUAUAUGUAUGUAUGUGUGUGUAUGUGUUUGUAUGUGUGUAUAUGUAUGUGUGUGUGUUUGUAUGUGUGUGUGUAUGUGUGUGUGUGUAUGUAUAUGUGUGUGUAUGUGUAUAUGUAUGUGUAUGUAUAUGUGUGUGUGUGUGUGUGUAUAUGUACAGGGAGUGCAGAAUUUUAUUAAAGACACGGAGGCUCAUAUUAUGCAUAACUCUUUCUUUAUUUCCUCAGCAGCAAAGAUAGAGGAAUAUAAAUAUAUCAAAAAUGAAAGAAAAAACUGUAUAGAUACACAGGCAACCAAUCACAUAACAGAGGAAGUGACUAUAUAAAGCCUGUGUCUCCCACAAUCCCCCUCUUUCUUUGCUGCUUCCUCAGACAGCUAAGUACUUUGCUUGAUCCAUUGUAUUUUAUUUGGUGUACUUUGCAUUUUACUUGGUGUUAUGCUGUACUGAUGUUGUACUUUUAUUAUGGUUAUGUGAUAUUUUUGCACUGUGCUUAUUCUCACUUCUUUUGAGUGUGUGAUAUCCUACUCUGUUUUUCUUCUGUCAGCUGCCUGCUUGGUGCAGCUCCUAUCCUGUCCCCUGCGCUGGUGCCUCCCUCCCCUCACCCCGCGACCGCUCUGUCGGCCGGCGGGUGCUAUUCAGUCCCAGGUCGGCUUUCAGCCGUGGCUCUCUCUGAUACUGCCGCGGCUGUGCUCUGUUUCCCUUGAUCGCGGGCUGCCCGCGUGGGUAGGGUGCGCGCGCCCCUUCCCCCGCCGGGGUCCUGACCGCGAUCAAUCUCCUGCACGUGCGGCGGCCAUUUUGGGCGGUCCGUCGGCUGAUCGGUCGCUCACUCUGCUGCUGCCGUGCGGCCUGUCUCCCUGGUCUGGGUCCCCUGAGUGCACCAGCGGGCAGGUUUCUUACUGUGUUCCUCUGUGGGUUACUCAACCCUUUUACCAUCUAGUUUAGUUUAUUCUAGCUACCUUCCGUUUUUGCUUAUCUAUAUAUUUCGAUUUCUUAAAGUCAUAUUACUACAGUUUUAACUUGAUUCACUUAAAGGUGUAUUCCCCUGUGGUUUUCAGGAUAAGGAGGAUGGGCCUGUUGGCACCCCUAGUGAUUUUAAUAUUGAUAACCCUGAGGGUGCCAUGGCCUCCCAAGAAUUUCAGGCCCUGUUGGAUGCCACUAUGGCUUCUUCAUUACAAAAGGCUUUUGCUUCAGCCAUGGGUGCUGUUUCUUCCUCCUUUUCUCAGUCCCUGCAUUCCAUGCUUAUGCCCUCUCUGCCUACCCCUACCCUCCAGGGUACUGGGUCCCCUUCCUCCGCCCAGACUGUGCCUGGUACCCGUAAGGUGAAGGCGAAGUCUAAGCACGUUGAUUCCCACUCCUCGAUGCAGGUGCUACCUGCCAUGACUGACACACUGGAUGUGGUCACAGACAGCGCGCACCCCACGCGCAAAAGAGCCCCUGGCCGGGCUAAAAAGGCUAGAUUGUGGAAAAGGGCUAGAGCCCUAGAUGAUGAGUUGGAUACCGACCGGAGUGUGGAACGUGACUCUGUUAUUGUGGAGUAUGACUCCUACGAUGAGGGCGGGUCGGACGAGGAAUUGCCCUCCGCGGAGCUUGCCCCCUCUGGGUCCUCUGCCGUUGCCCUAGGCCAAGUUAAGAUCCCCCCUGGGGACAGUAAGGCCAUUUUAGACCCCCAGGGAAACCCACUGUUCGACCCUGACGACCUGCGUCACCCACGGUCAGCAGAGUGGGUCCCCCCGGACCAUAUUGCGCAAUAUGUGGCUAAACGCCUGCGCACACCCCUCUCCAAGGAGGGUCGCAACAAGUUGCGUGCCGAAUGCCCUAGGCCCUCUCUCCCGGGCUCGGCCUGUAAGACUCCGGAUAUUGACCCCCAAAUCGCCCAGUUUCUGAAUAAAUCAGGCUGGAAGCCCAAGAAGGGUUUGGAUUACUCCCUCAAGGGAUGCCAAGAUAAGAUAUUGGAUACCCUGGGCCCUCUGUCUAAGCUGUACGAGCUGCUAGAUGCCGCUAGGGCUGGAGACUCGGUUAUGGAUGUCGAUGUGGCCAUUGGAUGGGUCCAGAGGGCGAUCUGCCUCUUGGGGAAUGCAAAUACCGCCAUGUCUUCUGAGAGGCGUAAGGCGAUUCUCCUUAAAAUCGAUCCCAAAUUGGCUGCCAUGACGGUGGCGGAACCUGACCCCUCUGACGAGGGUUUACUGUUUGGAACCUCUUUCGUGAAGGACCUUGGUUCCUAUGUAAAGACCUUUACGGCCAUUGACAAGGCCCAGGCGAAUAUGAAGCGCAUGUUUGCGCCCAAGGUUUUCGGAGGGGCCGGGCGUAGCAGGAACCGUCCACCCGGCCGGGGCUUCCGUGGCUCGUUCAGGGCCUCCAGAGGUUCCUUCUUUCCUUCCCGAGGAUUUCAAGAUACGAGGUCGCCUCCUUUCUUCCCAGCCAGAGGGAGAUCCUGGGGCUCCAGGUAUCCCCGUGGUGCCGCUUCGGGCAGACGCCCUUAUGGUGAGUACCCAUUUUUCCCCUCUCGAUCAUGUACGGGUGGCAGGGAGGCUUGCCUUAUUCUACCAUGGGUGGACAAAUAUAACCUCAGAUGCUUGGGUUCUGCAAUGUGUAAAGGGUUAUCACCUGGAGUUCGUUUCUAUGCCUGUCCAGGUUCGCGUCCCCAGAGAGUUGUCCCUCCCACAGGAUCAGGCAGUCCCCAUCGCGCUGGACUGCAGGGAUUACCUCCACUUCACAUGGCACAGUCGACGCUGGCGCUUCACGUGCCUGCCGUUCGGUCUCUCGUCGGCCCCUUGGUGUUUCACCAAACUCAUGAAGCCAGUAAUGGCUUACCUUC